UGUUCUGGUGCUCCCAAGUCUUCCUCCCAUGGGGAUCAUCUUGUGGGCUGGUGCCGAAGUCCAUCUUGCCUUCCGGUGGGGCUGCUGGGAAGGCUCUUUCCUCCUGACCCCAUCGCCACUUCUUUCCCUUUCAGGAACGCCAAGAAGGAAGGAGACCUGCUCGCUGCCCAGGCCCGCCUGAAGGAUGUGGAGGCCCUGCUCAACUCCAAGGAGGCUGCACUCAGCACCGCCUUGGGGGAGAAGCGCAACCUGGAGGCUGAAGUCCGUGACCUCAGAGGCCAGCUGGCCAAGGUGGAGGGAUCCUUGGCCGACAUCAAGAAGCAGCUUCAGGAUGAAAUGCUGCGGAGGGUGGAUGCGGAGAACAGGCUGCAGACCCUGAAGGAGGAGCUGGACAUCCAGAAAAACAUCUACAGCGAGGAGCUCCGUGAGAGCAAACGCCGCCACGAGACGCGCCUGGUGGAGAUCGACAACGGGCGCCAGCGGGAGUUCGAGAACAAGCUGGCCGAUGCGCUGCAGGACCUCCGUGGGCAGCACGAGGCCCAGGUCCGGCUCUACAAGGAGGAGCUGGAGAAGACCUAUGCAGCCAAGCUGGAAAACGCCAAGCAGUCGGCCGAGAGGAACAGCAGCCUGGCUGGGACGGCUCACCAGGAGCUUCAGCAGACGCGGAUUCGCAUCGACAGCCUCUCCGCCCAGCUGCAGAAGCAGCUGGCAGCCAAGGAGGCGAAGCUGCGGGACCUGGAGGAUUCCCUGGCCCGGGAGAGGGAUACCAGCCGCCGUAUCCUGGCGGAGAAGGAGCGGGAGAUGGCCGAGAUGAGGGCCCGAAUGCAGCAGCAGCUGGACGACUACCAGGAGCUGCUGGACAUCAAGCUGGCCCUGGACAUGGAGAUCAACGCCUACCGCAAACUCCUGGAGGGCGAGGAGGAGAGGUUGCGCCUCUCCCCCAGCCCCUCCUCCCAGAAGAGCGCCUCCCGCAUCCGGGUCUCUUCCUCUGGACAAAGCGCCACCAAGAAAAGGAAGCUGGAGGACGGCGAGAGCCGCACCAGCUUCUCCCAGCAUGCCCGCACCAGCGGCCGCGUGGCUGUGGAGGAGGUGGACCUGGAGGGCAAGUUUGUCCGGCUGAGGAACAAGUCCAGCGAGGACCAGUCGCUGGGAAAUUGGCAGAUCAAGCGCCAGAAUGGAGAAGACGCACCCAUUUGCUACAGGUUCCCCCCCAAGUUCACCUUGAAGGCCGGCCAGCUGGUCACGAUCUGGGCUGCGGGCGCAGGGGUGUCCCACAACCCCCCCACGGACAUGGUCUGGAAGACCCAAAGCUCCUGGGGGUCCGGCGACAGCUUACGCACAGCACUUCUGACCUCCAGCGGGGAGGGGGAUUCAGGCUCCCCCCUCUAA